CAGGUACGACGUUAAGACUUCUUGAUCGGCUGACACUUCUCAUGACCAUGGCCAAGACGACUCCCUCCAGCUCCUCCGCACGCAACCUGGCCACCCUCGCCCCCCCACCCCCUCCUCCUCCUCCUCCUCCUCUUCCUCAAGCCCAGACCCUGAACAACCCACCAGCAGCAUCAGAUACCCAUCACCCUUUCACCAGCCAAUCCUCCCCCGGAGGAGGCUCCCUCACGAACCCAUCAUCAUCCGUGGCGGAUGCCCGUCGCGGCAAGAGGGGGGACAGCAUCAGAGCCUGGGUCGCGGCCCAGGAGCGCAGGAUCGAGAUGGAGGUCAUCAGGGCCAUCUGCUCCGGCAGGGCCGACUCGCUGAAGCCGAACUCCGGCAAGGGCAUCAACAUCGGGGAGCACUACAUCUGCGUCUCCGUCCAUGACGGGGUCGACCCGGACUGUCGGACGUGGGAGUGGCACGGGCAUGUCAUGACCGGUGAGAACAAUGGGUACAUGCCCGAGCGCAUUUACGGGAGUUACCUCGAGAGGGUGAAUGCGGAGGGUUGGUACGACGAGGAAGACGAAGAGAGAACAGAGGAUUCUAGCAUUCCCAUUGUCGUCGGGAACGUGACCUUGAGACAGUGUUGCUUCCUUAUAACAAAAAAGAGGAGAAUAGGAAGAAGGAUGUGCAAUGGAGUGCCGAGAUGAAGUGUAAGCACCAGCAGGAAUGUGAAUGCUGGCAUUGGCUGAACAGGUUCAACUGACAAGUUUGUUCGGAGUUGUAAAAGCAAUCCACAAGUUGUAAGACUAUAUUCCAGAAUUGAUGACCAUUCUUUCCUUUUUGCGCGAUUCGCAUGAUGGAAAUACAUUUGGAGUUCUCCUGCCAACGUUUUGAACUUCAAAACACAAGUUCACAAUACAGAGGAUAACAAAUAGAAAUACCGCAGUUGCUAUAUUGUUGUUUCGAUUCUUCAUUUCUGUUGGGCAUUACCAAAACAGAACCUUUAGCAUUCAUCCUCUAUGAUGUAAUUUUCAUGCAACUCUGAAACUGCCUGGUUUACAGCUGCUAACUGUAAUUUGUUUGGAUUUAUGUUCUCUUGUCUGGUUUCUAUGGAAUUAACUUGGUAUC